GGUUGGUUGACGGGUAAGACGGCGCUGAAUCUCUUUUCAGGGUCCUGCUGAAAUACUGCACGCAAUCCAGAGAAGACGCCUCGCCGCAAGGUCGCUCUUUUGGUCUCAGCAUUCCCAACGGUGGCCCUUUUUUGGCCCCAGUGAAACAGCAGUUGGCGCAGUUUGUAUCUCGUCAUGCUGUGAUUAUUUUUCUCUAAUACCCGACACCCCUCCAAAAACGAGGACGACUCCUCUCUCGUUCCGACUUGGCCGUAAGCCCAUCCGAUCUACAACCCGAGCACGCGACGACAGGCGCAAGCGAUUUCAGACUUCAGACUUGGGUUUUAGACCUACAGCGCCCAUCGACCAUGGCGCAUCAACAUGACGACUCCGGGCCACCGUCCGUGAACGGCGCGCCGAUCCAGCCGCCCUCCAAAUCAGAAACCGCAACACCAAAACUCAACAAUGAGGUGGAGCUUGGGAACAUGCCGGACAACAACUCGACCCAGAACGAUAUCAUGCAGAUGGCGAGGGUGGGCGAUCUUGCGGGGAUGGAGAAGCUGUUCGAGAGUAACGACUACGAUGCGACCUACACCGAUGACGAGGGCAUCACCCCGCUACAUUGGGCAGCGAUUAACAAUCAGUACGCCAUGUGCAAAUUCCUGAUCGAGCGUGGGGCCCCGAUGAACAAGAAGGGCGGGGAAAGCGUCGCGACGCCGCUACAAUGGGCCGCCCAACGCUGCCACUACUACACCGUCCACCUGCUCCUCCAGCACGGCGCCGACCCCUUGAUCACCGACGCCCAGGGCUACAACACGCUCCAUAUCAGCACCUUCAACGGCAACCUCCUCCUAAUCAUCCUCCUGCUCCACCAGGGCAUCCCGGUCGACGUCGAAGACUCCUUCGGUCACACGGGGUUGAUGUGGGCCGCUUAUAAGGGAUACCCGGCCUGCGUCGACGCCUUUCUGAGGUGGGGAGCCAGCGUGCAUGCGAAGGACGAGCAGGGGUUUACGGCUCUGCACUGGGCGCUGGUCAAGGGCAGCGCCGGUUGCAUCCAAAAGAUCAUCGAGUACGGCGCGGACCGGUUUGCCAAGACAACGACGGGGAAAACACCUUCGAUAACCGCCAGGGAGCUGAACACGGCGGGCGCUUGGCACAAGGCUCUGUAUGAGUGCGGCUAUGACGAGGAUGGGAACGCCAUUGUGCCCAGCUGGCCGGGCGCGAGUUACUUGCUGAAGGACAGGCGGGGGUUCACCACCAAGUUCUUCUUUUUGUGGCCGUUUAUGCUCGUCUGGGCGACGAUAUUCCUCUUUUCGACAUUACCUGUUUACGCGGGUGUUCCGUUUGGCCUCUUGGCUGCGUACACGGUGCAGUGGGUGGGCCAGCAGCUGCUUGCGUACGCCCCGCCGGAUAUGAGGCAGUUUGAGAAAACGCCUUGGAUGGCGGGUAUUUUUGCAGCGUCCCUCUUCCUCGCGGGGCUGAACUGGUUGUUCGUCAUCUUACCCGGCACGGCUUUUGGCGAAGACGGCACAUGGCUGUGGAACUUUGUGUUUAUCGUUUCCUUUUCUCUCACUGGCUUCUUCUACACCAGGGCCAUGGUGGACGACCCUGGUUUCGUGCCCAAGCUCAACGGCAUCGCCGAGCAAAAGGCCGUUAUCGACGACUUGAUCAGCCAGUGGAAGUACGACGAGGCGCAUUUCUGCGUGACGUGCAUGAUUCGGACGCCGCUCCGAAGCAAGCACUGCCGCAGGUGUCAGCGCUGCGUGGCCAAGCAUGACCAUCACUGCCCGUGGGUCUACAACUGCGUCGGCAUCAACAACCACCGCCACUUCUUCCUGUACCUCAUCAACCUCACCCUCGGCGUACUCUCCUACGACGUCCUCACCCACCGCUAUUUCACCACCCUCACCCCGACCGCCUCCGAAGAAUGCAACGUCCUCUCCCCGGCCCUCUGCCGCGUCAUCAACGCGGACGCCUACAGCCUGCUCCUCGCCGUCUGGGCCUCGCUCCAGCUGACCUGGGUGUCCAUGCUGCUCUUCGUGCAGUUCAUCCAGGUCUCGCGCGCCAUGACCACCUACGAGAACAUGUUCGGCGUCAACGCCCGCGCCCCGGCCUCCCUCGCCAGCGCCUUCACCUCCACCGGCGCCCCGCUCGACCCCGCCACCUCGGCGCCCCCCUCCGGCGCCGAGGUUGGGCCGCACGGUCCCGGCGGUCAUGGUCAUGGGCACAGGCAUGGUGGGGUGUUGAAGCAUUGGGGGCGGUUGUUGGGCGUGGAUACGUUUAUUGAGACGGCGAGGGGGAGGGGCGCGGCGGCGGGGGGUGGUAGGCGCAGGGGGAAUCGCAAUCCGUUUAGUAAGGGGUGCUUGGCGAAUUGUAGGGAUUUUUGGUGUGAUCCGGCGCCGGUGUUUGGGCAGCGCGAGACGGGCGCCGCGGUGCUAGGCGGGCAGCCGGUGAAUUAUACCGAGAUGUAUGAGAGCCCGGCGGUGAUGGAGAUUUUGAGGGGGGGUGGGGCGAGGAGGGCGGGGGGGUAUGAGGAGGUUGCGGGGGAGGAGGUGUAA